AUGGACGGCCCCGACAACGCGACGCUGCUCUUCGCCCCGUCCUCGCUGCAGCCCGACAACUACACGCUGUCGCCCAAUGCCAGCAGCCUGAGCCCCGGCCCCGACCUGACCGUCACCCCCGCCUCCAGCGCCGGCCCCAGCCCCGGGCUCAGCCUCGCGCCCAGUCCCGGCGUCGGUUUCAGCCCCGGCCCCACGCCGACCCCCGAGCCGACGGCAGGCGGCUCGGGGGGCGGCCCGGCCAGCCUGGGCCCCUUCCUGUUCCCCCACCCCUUCGCGCACCCCCAGACCCCGUUCUGGGACACGCCGCUGAACCACGGGCUGAACGUGUUCGUGGGAGCCGCGCUGUGCAUCACCAUGCUGGGCCUGGGCUGCACGGUGGACGUGAACCACUUCGGGGAGCACGUCCGCCGGCCCGUGGGCGCGCUGCUGGCCGCGCUCUGCCAGUUCGGCUUGCUGCCACUGCUGGCCUUCCUGCUGGCCCUGGCCUUCUCGUUGAACGAGGUGGCGGCCGUGGCGGUGCUCCUGUGUGGCUGCUGUCCCGGCGGGAACCUCUCCAACCUCAUGUCCCUGCUGGUAGACGGCGACAUGAACCUCAGCAUCAUCAUGACCAUCUCCUCCACGCUUCUGGCCCUGGUCUUGAUGCCCCUGUGCCUGUGGGUCUACAGCCGGGCUUGGAUCAAAACCCCUCUGGUGCAGUUGCUACCCCUGGGGGCCGUGACCCUGACUCUCUGCAGCACUCUCAUCCCCAUCGGCUUGGGGGUCUUCAUUCGGUACAAAUACAACCGGGUGGCGGACUACAUUGUAAAGGUUUCCCUGUGGUCUCUGCUAGUGACGCUCGUGGUCCUCUUCAUAAUGACCGGCACUAUGUUAGGACCUGAACUGCUGGCCAGCAUUCCUGCGAGUGUUUACGUGGUGGCAGUUUUCAUGCCUCUGGCAGGCUACGCCUCAGGCUACGGCUUAGCUACUCUCUUCCGUCUUCCCCCCAACUGCAAGAGGACGGUGUGCCUGGAAACAGGCAGUCAGAAUGUGCAGCUCUGCACCGCCAUUCUCAAGCUGGCCUUCCAGCCGCAGCUGAUAGGGAGCAUGUACAUGUUUCCCCUGCUCUAUGCCCUUUUCCAGUCUGCGGAAGCAGGGGUUUUUGUUCUAAUAUAUAAAGUGUAUGGAAGUGAAAUAUUACACAAGCGAGACCCCCUAGAUGAAGACGAAGAUACAGACAUCUCUUAUAAGAAACUAAAAGAGGAGGAAAUGGCAGACCCUUCCUAUGGCACGGUGAAUGCCGACAACUUAAUCAUGACGGAGACCGCCCAGACUUCUCUCUGAACACGGGGACGCAGAGGCGUUUCUAUCUUGCUGAAAUGUCACUUCAUAUUUAUAUUUUUGGUCUGUGGUAGUGAAUGUGGUUCGUGUAACGGAUAACAAAUGGUCCACACUGUCAUACAUGUAACAGUUAUGACCCUCCCGUUGUAAGGUUGCCCUGGUGUGUUAACCAAGCACUUUCACAAAUCACAAGUCAGUGUCGUCCUGCAACUUGCACCUGCGGCUGCUAAAGCAAAGCCUGAACCUGUUAAAUGUGCUCUUUGGUUUUUAUCAUGACCAAUUUCUAGGACUGUUUCAAACAUGUAAACUCUUAGGAAACAGGGUCUUGGAAAUGCAGAACUUCGGUGCACUAUCUUACAGUAGUAAAAAAACAAGCUAUGUUGGGUUUUUUUGGUAAAACAUAAUUUGUAAAGCAAUUUGUAAACCGUAACUGAGUUUAAUGUAAUCGUUGUUUAAAAGACGUGCUUGCUCAACAUAGGAAUACCUGACAGUGUUGAAAUUUGAUCUGUAUUCCAAAAAUCCCCACGCAGGCCAACCAAACAAUGAAAUACAGUAUUUUAUUGUCAAACCUGUAUCAAAUCAGCAAAAAAGAAAAAGAAAAAAAAGAAAAAAACAAACCCAUUAAUGCAUUUAAUUACUUGAUGUGAUAUCUAUUAGCAAUGAACAGCCAUCAUGUUUUCCAGGGAACAAGGUACUUUCUUCUCAG